AGGGUCAAAGCCAGUGGUGUCAAUGCUGGUGCCUCCCUUGCACGGCGUUGCCAACAAAGACAUUGUUUGACCAACAUUUCCAUACCAUGAGCCUUAGGCUCGCUCGGGUUCUUUGCGCCCUGCUGGUUUGUGCCAAUUCUGUGCGACCAAGUGGCAGAGAAGAGGAGCUGACCGUUGCCAGGAGGAGCGCGUUUCAUUUGAAGGGGGGUGAGAAGUGUGAGGAGGACGCCAGAGCGCCAGCUGAUCCAACAGAGGCGUGCCCGACCUCCUGCCCCUUUUCCGCAGAGCUGGCCAACCCCGAGAAGUUCUGCCAUUUCAAAUGUGUGACCGCCAAGGAGUGUGGCACUGGAGAUUUGAUGCACAACCAGACCAUCCCUGAGCGGAAGAAGGUGAAAGAGAACCCUUACUGCCGCUUCUGCGAGGUGGAGGCAUGUGCCGAGUGUGUUGCCUCCAACCCUGGCGACGAGGAGGAGGGCGUUGAGACCUGCAAGAAGUGCAUGCUGGGCUACACUCUGACUGAGGACGGCAAGGAGUGCGAGAGCCAUGGCGACGAUGUCUUCAUCGGCAUCGCUGCUGUGGGCGUCUUCUUCGGCAUUGUCGGGCUGAUUUGGUACCUCAUCGUGCUAUCGAAACCUGUGGUGAAUGAGGACGGCGUGAAGUAUGCAAUGGAGAGUCAGAAGCGGAUGAUGGUGACCCAGGACCAUCACGGGGAAGAGGGCCAGCCAUAUCCGUUCGGCACCAACCUGAUGUCCACCACCGUGGCUGGGCCGGGGACCACUGCGCUCUUCUCCUUCCAGGGCGCCGUGAUGCUCUGGGGCGCCAUCGUGAUUGGCAUUUGGCUGGGCUUCGUUUGCUUUGUGAGCAAAGAUCUGCUGUUUCUGGGCAACCGCCCUGCCACCACCCCUCGUCAGCUUUGCGAGGUAGUUGCCUGGGGCCGCCAGCGGCAGAUGGAGCUGAUUUGGACCAAGGUAUCCUGGAUCGCCUCUGCCUAUGUCUUGGGUACUGUGGGCGCCAUUGUGUAUGGCAUGAGAAUGGCCACUUACUUCAAGAAGUUCGACAGUGAGCGCUCCACGCUCUCCGACUACGUCGCGGUUUUGGACGGAGUGCCCAGGAUGAAAGGCGACCAGGUGGAGGCAGACCUCAAGAAGGUGAUCAAAGACCUCGUGGGUGCCGAGCUGGCGGAGGAGGUGGUGGCGGUGUCGGUGGGCUGGGACUUCUCGGCCCACCGCGCGCAGGUGGCGCAUUUCAUCGACGAGCAGAUCGCGCCCUUCCAUGAAGCCAACGGGGAGCCGUUGCACAUCCCCGAGGGCGCUGGCGAUGAGCUGAGCGGCUUCGCUGGCGCGAUCACCAAGAAAGUCCUGAACAAGUGGCACAUCCACCUGGAUGGGCAUGGGCACGAGUUCACCGAGGAGGACUUGAAGAAGACGCUGCAGGAGAUGGAGACGGCGCCGGUGUCCUACGUUAUUUUCAUGACGGAGGGUGCGAGGGACAAGGCGGUGGAGGCCGCGCAGGCAGGGGUGAAGGUGCAGGAUGCCGUGUGCACGCUGCGCCCGGAGACGUACGAGCCAGAGGCCCUUUUCUGGCACAACUUGCACGUGACGCCGGAGGGGCGCGGUGGGAAGUACAUGAGCGCCAGCGUCAACAUUCUCCUGGUUUGCCUGGCCUGGACUGUCCUGCUCUACCUGCCCUAUGCGCACUACAUGGCCACCUUCUCCUACGCCAACGGCGACGAGCCCAGCUUCCUGGCAGAGAGUGUCUUCAUUGGCCUCGUGGUGGGCGCGCAGACGGGGCUCUUCGUGGCCAGUAGCUUGGGCGCGGACUUCUGCCAGUGCCACUACGAGGAUCAGAAGCACAAGGUGUACAUUGUCUUCUACAACGCUGCUCUGAUCCUGAACUUGAUCAUGGACAUUGUGCUGCAAGGCUACCUCAGCUACCUGCAGAUGGUGGGUGUGGGUGCUCGGGUGGCCGAUGGGCGCCUGCUGGGCAGCCUCUCGAGCUUCCAGGAGAUCUUCGAGUCAUAUCCCAUGCAGAAGUCUGUGGGAAAGCUCCUCUUCAAGUAUUGUUGGCCCUGCACCUUCCUGGUGCCCUUCAUCGCGGAGCCCUUCGUGGCUCAGCUGGGUCCUUAUCACAUCGGCACCUUGCUCAUCCGCAGCAAUGUGCGCGUCCGGGGGGAGAACGCGGAGCGUGCCUUGGAGCUGUCGGAGAUGGAGCAAGGCCGCUAUGCGGAUGUGAUCUUCAACCUGAUCCUCGUGGCCUGCAUCCCCUUCAUCGCGCCAGCAUAUAUGUUGAUGACCUAUGGCACCUUCAUGAUCUCGCACAUUUACAUCUACUUCUACGACCACUGGAAGACUCUGCGGUGGGCGAGGAAGUUCUACUUCUCCAGCGAUGAGGUGCACUGGUUUGGGCAGCAGCUGCUGUGCCUGCCCCUGGGCCUGCUGGCCUCUGCGCUGGUCUUCAAAGUGAAUCAGAUGAGCGGGGGCGUGCAUGGCGGUCUGGGCGCUGGAGUGCUGAAGGGCCAGACCUUGGGCCUGGCCAUGUGCGGCGCCUUUGUGGCGCACGUGGUCAUCCACCUGACGCUGCUGAACCUGGUGGUGAAGCCGUGCCGGGAGGAUUCGGAGAAGGAGGAGAAUAAGACGCCUUUCUCGGAGGUUGCGAAGCAGGAGGCUGCCACGCACCUGUCCACGAACCCCAUCCAGUGCCUGCGGUCCAAGUACAUCCUCAAGGAGGAGCCGCCCCUGAGCCCCUUCAUGUUGGGCAAGGAGCAGAUCAUGGUGCCCAACGAGAAGCUGGGCGCCUUCUACAACGGGGCGAAGGAGUUGCAGGCGAAGGAGAAGCGGAAAUCGCAGCACAGUCAGGAGAUGGCAGGGAGACGGCGCAUUGAGAAUGACACCCUUGCAGUUGGAGGACAACAAAGCAUGAGCGAGGAAUUCUGAUCGCCACAUGUCCGGCCUUGGUCGGGACCAACGGCCAGAGGCCGUGGGAAAAGUUAGGGACAGCCAAUACGCCAGCUGUUCACCGUUGAUUUGUGUGUUGAAGUUGUUGUCACGUCGCCUUUGUUCUGAAGUUUGUGGUCUCACAAAUGGCAUCUCCAAGGCAUGUCUUCCAGGGCACUCUCGAUCCAGAGGUAAGUGGAUGCGUACAUGAUGCGUAUCCUGUCCCGUCUCACGCUGCCAAAGUGCCUUACCUGUUCUGGAAACCACGGAGAUGCGAAAGCAAAAUGGAGA